UGAUUUCUUAAAAUCCAAUAUAUCAUUCACAUAGUACAUCAAGUUGACAUCUUGUUGUUUGGUAUCCGGAAACGGUGAUUGGCAUAGUGCAUUCAGAACACAUCCUCCAACUACUGCCCAUUUUGAGAAGUCGAUUGCUCCUAACCAUGCAUCUGAUGAAAAAUGAGUGGCCAAAUUCUGUUUAAACUCUUCCAUUGUACGCACAAAUGUCAUAUUCGAACCAUAAUUUCUAUUUUUAUUCAUCUUAAAAUACGUGUUAACUAGAAUUAAUCGUAUGCAUGGCCUUUUAGAUAUUAUUUUUUAAUUCCCUAUAGUUAUUACCUUUGAAUAAAUUUUUUUCAUGGUCAUUUAACAUGCGUUUCGAUCCAAUCGUAUGACCAUACCACUCGUAAUCAAGAAGUCCAAAAUCUGCUUUGUAACAAACAGUGUUCAACGGUAAGAGGCGGCAAUAGCAUUGGAAAAGAGGAGUCUUAUAGGCUUGACACAACUUCGAAAAUCCCUGAAUACUAAAGCACGGAUGAAUAUAUAAACGUUCAGACGGCUCCAUGACAUCAGAAUAGCGCUUUGAGACAAUAAUGUGUCGUUCAUCAUCGACUUCACAUUCAUCCGUGAUACUUCCAAAUAGUGCAUGUGGUAGUAAAAUUCUUUGAUGACCACAGAACACUUUGAUCAAUUCAAUAAAAUGAUGAUCUAAUGUUUUUGCAAUUGACCAGAAUUGUUUGCUACUGUUCACUGCUUCGAUAAAAUUCGUCACAUCUAUCCCAUCAAGGAACGUUAAUAGACGGCAUCCGACAACUUGAUUAAGAUGAACAACUGCAGUUUGUCGCAUCACCUGUCAAUCAAUAUUUAAUCGUUAUCAAAGAUUGAAUAGCAAAUAUAUCUAAAAAUGUUUGAAAACAAAUGAUUGUUAUCAAAUGAUUCAAUUAACAUAUAUAUCCGUAGUUAGUCCGCUUUGCUCUAUUUUUCUUCCGCCUCCAUCUUUCUUUUUCGUUCCUUUCAUAUAUAGGAGGUGAGUGUGGGGGUGGGUGUUGGGGAUGUCUUCAGUUAAACCGCACCCACACGAAUACCCUAUGUGAAUGACCUGACCAUAUGAGUCAAAUUAGAGAAUUUUGUGUUUGAUAAAAAUGUACAUAAAGAUAAAUUUAUAUUCAUCGAAUAGAUACUGCAGAGAAUCCAGAAAACUUAUGUAGUUAUAACCUGACAGUAACAUAAAACUAAAUCCAUUAAUUUGCGUUAAAUGAAUAUAAACUGAGAAAAGCAAAAGUCAAUGAUGAAAAAACAUGAUUCAUUUCGAUAACGUUCUUGCAAAAUGAUUCAUAUCAUAUGAAUUUCUUUGCUUUCUGUGAUCAUUUCAAACAAGUAUUUUUCUCUAUCUUUUCUUUCUUGUAUAUUCUGUACAUCCAUGUUGGAAAAAAUGAUGUUUUAUGCAAAGCACUCGUGCAGGUUUUUUCAAAACUUAUACAUCAAUAAGCUAAUUCAUCAUUAUAGAUUUUAUGAACUGUCUGAUUCUUUUAUGAAACAAAUCAAAAGACGACAAAAUAAUAUUAUUAUUCAUGAUAAUAAUGAUAACAAAAGGAAAAAUAUUGACGAUAAAAAAUGAUAUCUGGUUGUUCUUUUAAUGGAAACAUCUUUUAUUUUUUAAUAACGGUAAACGAAACAAACUGGUUUGUCUAUUACAAAGCUAUUUCUUUGUUAUAUCAAAUCUCUUUCUCUCUCUCUUCUCUUUUUCAGUUUAAUAAAAGAAAAUAUUACUACUCUUGAAAAUGUUUCAAAUGAACUUAUUUAUGAAAUAUUUGAAUUUCUCAAUUAUCAUUAUGUAUUUCAAGCUUUUUACGAUCUUAAUCAACGAUUUCAAAAUCUUUUUCUUAAUUCAAAUCUUCCAAUUAAAAUCAAUAUUUCAUUCAUAUCAAAUUCUAAAUUACAACAUUAUUUAACACAUAUUAUUAAAUCUUAUGCUUAUCGAAUUGAAUUAUUUCGAUUAUCAAAUCCAUUUAUUAAUCUAUAUUUAUUACUACUACCAAUAAUGAAAAAUUUAAUUCAACUUAAAAUACUUAUUUUAAAUAAUAUUGAAUCGAAUUAAAUUGAACAAAUUGUAAAUCAUUUAUCUUCUUCACCUGUUUUAUCUUCAUUGAUUAUCAUAUCGAUUAUUACUAUUAAAAAUCAUAAGAAUAUUUAUUAUAAAAUAUCUCAUUUACCUAUACUGAAAUAUUGUCAGAUAUUAAUUGAAUUAUUACAAUGUUCAAAAUCAUCACCUGUUGCUACAAAUGAAUUUAGUACUAUCGAACAUCUUAUCAUUAAUCAUGAGAUUUCAAUUGAUCAACUUCCUAUUUUAUUAUCUUAUGUUCCACAACUACGUCAUUUAUCGAUUGGUAAUCUAAAGGAACCUAAAUUCAACCGAACCGAAAGAGUAAUAAUUUAUUUUCGUCAAAUUCAAAUUUUAACUAUUGCAAUACAGUAUAUUGGAUUUUAUGGUAAUAGUACACAAUAUUUAAAUGCUGAUCGAUGGGAACAAUUAAUUUCAACUCAUAUGUUAAAUCUACAACAUCAAUGGUUCUUUGAUCAUCAUUAUCAUCAAAUAAUAUGGUCGAAUGCUGCUAUCUUCUAUUCAAGAAAUCCAUAUAGAAAAGAUUAUGUAUUGUAUGAUGAACUAGUCGAAAAUAUCUGGUCAUCUCGUUUUGGUAUUAAUGAAGAUCCAAUUCAUCAUAUUUGUAUUCAUGGUAAAAAUAUGAUAAAAGAAUCCAUUGAUCAUUUUCCAAAUGCUACUAUACUUACAUUUUGUGAAACAUUUGAAGUAUGUUGUGAUUCAAUUGCCAUUGAUUUAAAUCGUUCUCUUCCAUUGAAACAAUUAACUAAAUUAACUAUUGAAUGUCAUCGUUUUUCUUUUGAACAAUUAAUAAAACUUUUACAAUUUACACCUAAUGUUCAUGUAUUAAAACUUGAUUCUAUAUUACUUUAUCGAACUGAUUCUGUUUCAAUUCAACAAAAUGAAUUAUCGAAAUUGGUAUCUAAUAUGAAUACUAUAACAAAAGUAACAAUUAGUAAAGAAAUUACGUUAGAAAAAAUCCAAUUACUUACUACUAUUUUUCUUCGAAUGGAAUAUCUUACGAUUAAUUUAUGUAAACAAGAUUUGCAACCAAUAGUUCCAUUUUUAUUAUCAAAAUCUAACAAUAAUACUCGUUAUUUAUCCUCAUUGUGUAUUUCAAAGCAAUGUAAUGAUCUGAUGACAAUAUCGAAAACUUUAAUUAAAUCAAAAAACUUCUUCAUGAUUAUACUCUAA